AUGUUUGCCGUCUUGGUACUAUUUCUGCUAUCUUUUAUUGUCUACUACUUAUGGUUAUUCUAUGCAAAUGUUAAACGAUAUCCUAAAGGACCAACACCUCUGCCGAUCGUUGGAAAUCUUUUGUCGAUCAAUCUGCGAAAAUUAAAUCAAGAUUUCGAGCAAAUGUCGAAGGAUUAUGGUGAUAUUUUCACUGUUUGGCUUCCGAAGCCACAUGUGGUCAUCAUGAACUACGACAGUAUCAAGGAGGCUUUCGCAAAGAAAGGUAUCACAUCACCCUAUUAG